CUCAUAAACGCGCAUUUGACACCAAAUCCUCUAGAUUACUGGACCCUGUGCCUCGCCAAGGGAAAGAAGAUUGUCUUACCAUACCAACGGUGUUUUUAUUCGCUAUAUAUACAUUCAAGUGACGUUGGGGGAUCGACUAUAACAUUUCAUGGAAUAUAAUUCUUUGGAAGGGUCGUUUCUGUAUCUUCUCUGUCUCUGCUCUUUGGUUGAGGAAAGAGCCCUGCCGCUUGCGUUGUCAGGCCAGUUUUGGUUGUUCUGGGGAACAACAGUAGCUUCCCGUGCUUACUUUGCACUGUCAAAGUCUAUUCUUUGGACGGAAAUACAAUGCCAGGAGACAUCAAAGUGAAUAUUGUUGGUGUAAGAAUCAACAAUAGGCCAUGAUGUCGGUGGAACUUCAUUUUGUUAUGGGAUAACUGGGAUAUCGUUGCCAUAAAAACGGGUUGAUCAUCAAUAAUUUCAGUUGAACAGCAUUUUAAAUAAUUCUGAAUUGUUAUAAUACUGUAACAUAUUGAAUAUGCCACCUCAGAGUCUGCUUGACUCACAAGAACACCAAGGGACCUAAGUAAACACAACAGUUCAAGUCCUAUGCGGUAGAACGCACGGAUGAUCUUCGUGUUGCUGGAUAUUCAUUCCUUUGUCAACUGUCUAUCUGAAGAAGGCAGGCGUGAAAAUGGCAUCCUUUUUCAAUUUCCGUAAAAUCUUUAAAUUGGGUGCUGAGAAGAAGAAGAAACAGUAUGAGCAUGUCCACAGAGACGAGAACCCAGAGGAGAUAUGGGAGAUCAUUGGAGAACUGGGGGAUGGAGCCUUUGGGAAAGUCUAUAAGGCCCAGAACAAGCAAACAGGCAUUCUGGCUGCAGCUAAAGUGAUCGACACCAAGACGGAGGAGGAGCUGGAGGACUAUAUGGUAGAGAUCGAUAUCCUGGCCUCCUGCGACCAUCACAACAUAGUGAAGCUGCUGGACGCCUUCUACUACGACAGCAAGCUAUGGAUCCUGAUAGAGUUCUGUGCGGGUGGAGCGGUGGAUGCCGUCAUGCUGGAGCUAGAGAGGCCCCUGACGGAGCCCCAGAUCCGGGUGGUGUGUAAGCAGACCCUCCAGGCCCUCCUCUACCUCCACGACAACAAGGUGAUCCACAGAGACCUGAAGGCUGGGAACAUCCUGCUAUCCCUGAACGGAGACGUCAAACUGGCUGACUUUGGUGUGUCGGCAAAAAAUACCAAAACACUACAGAGGAGAGACUCUUUCAUCGGGACGCCAUACUGGAUGGCCCCGGAGGUGGUGAUGUGUGAGACGUUUAAGGACCGUCCGUACGACUACAAGGCUGACAUCUGGUCCCUGGGGGUGACUCUGAUCGAGAUGGCCCAGAUUGAGCCUCCCAACCACGAGAUGAACCCAAUGAGAGUCCUGCUGAAAAUAGCCAAGGCCGAUCCUCCUACCCUGAUGCAGCCGUCGCGCUGGUCUCCCGAGUUCAGUGAUUUCCUAAGAAAGUGUCUCGAUAAGAAUGUGGACAACAGAUGGAAUGUGGCACAACUUCUACAGCAUCCAUUUUUGAGUACCGUGACAGACAGCAGACCGUUGAGGGAGCUGAUCGCUGAAGCAAAGGCUGAGGUUUACGAGGAGAUUGAGGAUCACAAGGAGGAAGAGGAGGAGGAGGAUGGCGAGACACAACGGGGUCACAAACGUGCGCCGUCUGAUGCCAGUGUUGCCAGCACAGAGGAUGAGAAACUCCCUCAGUCUCCCUCAGCCUCCAUCCUGGAGUCUUUACCGGAGAAGGCUGAACCGGUUAUCCCGACACCACAGAUUGUUGAAAAGGUCCCUGAACCAAGCGUCGCCAAGCCAGAGGAGAACCUGGUUGUGGACACAGGCUCCGUCGAGGAGCCUGCUGUCCCUGCAGAAGUGGAGAAAAUGGAUGAGACCCUUGGUGUUCCAAUGAAUGGAGAGACAACAGAAGCCAGUGAGAAACCAGUAGAGGUGACGGAAGAGGAGGAGAAGGUUCCAGAAAUAACAGAGGUUUCCCCAACAGAACCCAGUGAGAAACCAGUAGAGGUGAUGGAAGAGGAGGAGAAGGUUCCAGAAAUAACAGAGGUUUCCCCAACAGAACCCAGUGAGAAACCAGUAGAGGUGACAGAAGAGGAGGAGAAGGUUCCAGAAAGAACAGAGGUUUCCCCAACAGAAGCCAGUGAGAUAGCUUCUUCAGACCCAGCUGAGAAACCAGCAGAGCCCCAACCAGAAGGAACCGUUUCCAAUGCUGAAGUCACCAUAGGGGACAAGGAGAUGGAGCAACUGGCCAUAUCCAAUCAAGAUGAAAAGGAAGUGGACACAGCUGAGGUCCAGACGAAUGAGAUCACUGCAGAAGGGUCAGAGGCCAAGGAAGAGCCAACAGAAGGCAAGAUGGAAGUUGAGGAAGAACCAGCCAACGAGGAGCCUAGCGGGGAAGCAAAGGUUACCGUGACAACCCCAGAGGAGACUAAGGUGGACGACAAACUCACACCUGCAUUUUCAGCGGUCUGGAAAAAGGAGGAAGGAGAGAAUGAGAGAGUGGAGUAUAAGCCAACUGCGGAGACAGGGACUCCAGUGAAGUCUAAGGAUGAGAAGGAGAGGGAUUCGGACUCUGGGAGUAGUUCUGCUGCAGAUAACGGCAGCAUAGACAUGAACCUGUCCAUCUCCAGCUUCCUGACCAAAACCAAGGAGCCAGGAACCCUCUCCAUACAGGACACCAAGCGCCAGAAGAAGACACUGAAGAAGACCCGUAGGUUCGUGGUGGAUGGAGUCGAGGUUAGCGUGACGACGUCGAAGAUCAUCACCGACAAUGACACCAAGAACGAGGAGAUGAGGUUCCUCAGGCGUCAGGAGCUGAGGGAGCUGCGUCUCCUGCAGAAAGAGGAACAGAGGGCCCAGCAGCAGCUCAGCAAUAAACUGCAGCAGCAGAAAGAGCAGAUCUGCCGCCGUUUCGAACAGGAGACGACCAGUAAGAAGCGCCACUACGACCAGGAAGUGGAAAACCUGGAGAGACAGCAGAAGCAGACCAUCGAGAGGCUGGAGCAGGAGCACACCAACCGGCUGAGGGACGAGGCCAAGCGCAUCAAGGCCGAGCAGGACAAGGAGCUGUCCAAGUUCCAGAACAUGCUCAAGAACCGCAAGAAAGAGUUCAAACAGGAAAUGCGACUCACGCCCAGGCACAGGAGAAACGCUAUCGUGAAACGGGGGAAAAAGGACAUAAUCACAACUCCACGUCAAGAGGGAGUGGCCCAGGGUAUGAUUCAAUCUUUUCAGUUGUCCUCCUGCACUCUCUUCAACGCCCCCAUGCAGGAUGAGCAGGAGUUCCUGCAGAAACAGCAGCAGGAGCUGGACUGUGCCCUGAAGAAGAUCAUCCAGCAACACAAACACGAGUUGGCCACCAUCGAGAGAGACUGUCUCAACCACAAACAACAGCUCCUCAGAGCACGGGAAGCAGCAAUGUGGGAGCUGGAAGAGCGUCACCUACAGGAGAAACACCAGUUGUUUAAACAACAGCUGAAAGACCAGUACUUCAUGCAGAGACACCAGCUGCUCAAGAGACACGAGAAGGAGAUGGAGCAGAUGCAGCGCUACAACCAGCGUCUCAUUGAGGAGAUGAAGAACAGGCAGACACAGGAGAGGGCCCGCUUACCCAAGAUCCAGCGCAGCGAGGCCAAGACUCGCAUGGCCAUGUUCAAGAAGAGCCUCCGAAUCACUGGAGGCCCCAUCACACCCGAGCAGGAGAGGGAGAAGGUCAAACAGUUUGCAGCCCAGGAGGAGAAGAGGCAGAAGAAUGAGAGGCUCCACCAGCACCAGAAACAUGAGAACCAGAUGAGAGACCUGCAACUGCAGUGUGACACCAACAUCCGGGAGCUGCAGCAGUUACAGAACGAGAAGUGCCACAUCCUGAUAGAGCACGAGACCCAGAAGCUGAAGGAGCUGGAUGAGGAGCACAGCCAGGAGCUGAAGGAGUGGAGGGAGAAACUACGACCCAGGAAGAAGGCUCUGGAGGAAGAGUUUGCCAGGAAGCUUCAGGAGCAGGAGAUCUUCUUUAAGAUGAGUGGAGAGUCAGAGUGCCUUAAUCCCUCAGCCCAGAGCCGCAUCUCCAAGUUCUACCCCAUCCCCAGUGUCCACUCCACUGGCUUCUAGGGGUUAACCCAUUCAUGGCACUCCGGAUGGACAUGAACAUAUAUCCACACACACAUAUUAAAGGCACACUCAAUGAAUAGAUACACACACACACACACACAUACAAAUAGACUGGCGCGCACACACACACACACAUACAAAUAGACUGGCGCGCACACACA